AUGGAGGUUUAUGUUGACGACAUGUUGGUAAAGAGCCGAACGGCAGGGGAUCACCUGGAAAACUUGGCCCUCAUGUUCGGCAUUCUAAAGGAUUACCGAAUGCGGCUGAACCCGGCGAAGUGCGCCUUCGGUGUAUCUUCCGGAAAAUUUCUCGGGUUCAUGAUCAGUCAAAGGGGAAUCGAGGCCAAUCCCGAGAAAAUAAAAGCCAUAAUCGACAUGGAGACGCCGAAGACGCAGAAGGACAUUCAGAGCCUUACCGGGCGUGUCGCUGCCCUAACACGCUUCAUCUCCAAGGCUACCGAUAAAUGCGUGCCGUUCUUCAAAGCUUUGAAAGGGGGCAAACAUCAUAUAACAUGGACUCCCGAAUGCGACCAGGCAUUUCAAAACUUGAAGAACUACAUGAGCCAGGCACCACUGUUAUCGAAACCCUUGCCAGGCGAGGUACUACUUCUAUACCUUUCGGUAUCCAACACUGCCGUCAACUCGGUGUUGAUAAGGAAGCCGGAGAAGGCGGAGCUACCAAUCUUUUAUGUCAGCAAGGCGCUCCAGAGCGCAGAGCUUCGGUACCCACCCUUGGAACAGCUAGCGCUGGCCCUGGUCGUCUCGGCGCGAAGACUUCGCCCUUACUUCCAGGCUCACGAAAUCACGGUUCUGACGAACCAACCUCUUCGGCAGGUGCUCCAAAAGCCGGAAACAUCUGGCCGAUUGGUCAAAUGGGCAAUCGAGUUGGGAGAGUUUGACAUACAGUUUAAGCCAAGGCCUGCAGAAAAAGGCCAAGCCGUUGCCGAUUUCAUCUCCGAACUCACACCCCCUGCUCUAUCGGAACCGUCAUCGCCGAGCGCUGUACCUGCCGAACUAGGAAAAAUGGAUACCGAACGUUUCGACGCGUCCACUCCUCUCUGGGUCCUGCACGUGGACGGCUCGGCAAACCAGCAAGGCUGUGGUGCCGGCCUAGUGUUAACCACUCCAGACGGUAGCAAGAUCGAGUACGCCCUCCGAUUCAGCUUCCGAACCUCCAAUAACGAGGCAGAAUAUGAGGCCCUCUUGGCUGGCCUUCGGCUAGCCCAGAGCAUGAGCGCGAGGCAGAUCAGUAUUCACAGCGACUCCCAGCUCAUAGUAAACCAGAUAACGGCAGACUUCGCAGCAAAGGAUGCCUCAAUGUCAGCUUACCUGUCGGCAGCCCACCAGCUACUACAGAAAUUCCAAGCCUAUGAGAUACGGCAGAUCCCCAGGUCGGAAAAUAGCCAUGCCGACGCACUCUCACGUUUGGCCUCGGCAAUAAAUGACAAGGUCGGAAGGAAGGUACCGGUGGAGAUACUAUCCCAACUAAGUACAACCGCCGCUGAGGUAUGUACCGUUCGGUACGAGGAGACCUGGAUGUCUCCAAUCUACGCCUAUCUGACAGCCGGAACCCUUCCUGCCGAUAAGUCGCAAGCUCGGAAACUUCGCUACCGAUCGGCAAGAUACACAGUCAUCAACGAUGUUCUGUACAAACGGGGCUACACGACGCCGUACUUAAAGUGCCUGACCAAAGAACAAGGGGACUACAUCCUUCGGGAGGUCCACAGCGGAAUCUGCGGGGACCAUUCUGGUUCCCGAUCGCUCGCACACAAGGUCUUCUGGCAGGGUUAUUUCUGGCCGACUCUGCAUCAGGAUGCCAACACACUAGUCAAGAAGUGCGACAAAUGCCAACGGUUCGGUAGUGUCCCUCACAUUCCCGCCGAGCCACUGUCACCGAUCGUGAGCCCAUGGCCGUUCGCCCAAUGGGGACUGGAUCUAAUCGGUCCGAUGCCAGAGGGCAAGGGUCAGGUAAAAUACGCUGUUGUUGCCGUAGACUACUUCACCAAAUGGGUAGAAGCCAAAGAACUAGCAACGACAACGGCAGCCAGAAUCGAGGAUUUCGUUUGGACAAACAUUUGCUGCCGAUUCGGCAUCCCCUACGCCAUCGUUACGGAUAACGGCGGGCAGUUUGAUUCGGAAGUCUUCCGGCAAUUCUGCAAACGACUCAAGAUCAACCUGUUCUUUGCUUCGCCAGCACACCCCCAAUCGAACGGACAGGUCGAAGCCAUGAACAAAAUUGUCAAGAAGCUGUUGAAACGGCAGCUUGACAAAGCCAAAGGGGCAUGGCCAGAAAAGCUUCCGGAGGCGCUAUGGGCCAUACGGACAUCUUACCGAACGGCAACCGGGGAAACACCAUUCUCCAUGGCUUUCGGUUCAGAGGCAGUAGUCCCAGUAGAGAUCGGAGAGCCCUCCUACCGAACGGGAACCUUCGCACCAAAGACAAAUGAGGAAGCGCUAGCUCUGAGCCUCGACUUACUCGAAGAGCGCCGAGCACAAGCCAACCUUCGGAACGAAGCCUACAAACAACGCGUCUCUCGGUACUAUGACUCCAGGGUCAAGCCCCGCUCUUUCCGAGUCGGAGAUUGGGUCAUGCGGAAAGUCUCCUUGGCAACCAAGAAUCCCACGGAAGGAACCCUCGGACCUUCCUGGGAGGGACCCUACGAGAUCAUCGGUAUCCAGCGGUCGGGGACUUACCGACUCAGAGACUCCAAUGGAAAGACCCUCGGUCACCCUUGGAACAUAGAGCAUUUGAAGUACUACUUCAAAUGA